CCGGUGGGCGGGGACUCGACUGCCACUCAAGCCUUUAUAACGUUUGUGUGACUUUACCCCAGCACGAUAUUUUUCCUCCUUUUCCACUCGCCGUUUCGUCACAGAGCCGGUAGUCACAACCAUGUUGCCUCUCAUCACGUUGGCUUUGUGCCUGAGCGCCUCCGCCUCGGCCCCCAGCCUGGACCCCCAGCUGGACGAGCACUGGGACCUGUGGAAGACCUGGCACUCCAAGCAGUACCACCAGAAGGAGGAAGGCUGGAGAAGGAUGGUGUGGGAGAAGAACCUGAAGAAGAUAGAGAUGCACAACUUGGAGCACUCUAUGGGCAAACACACCUACAGCCUGGGCAUGAACCACUUCGGAGACAUGACUCACGAGGAGUUUCGUCAGAUGAUGAACGGCUACAAGCGCAGCAACAAGGUGCAGAAGAAGACCAAAGGAGCGCUCUUUAUGGAGCCCAACUUUCUGGAGGCGCCGCGCUCGGUGGACUGGAGAGACCACGGCUACGUCACCCCCGUCAAGGACCAGGGUCAGUGCGGGUCGUGCUGGGCCUUCAGCACCACGGGGGCCCUGGAGGGUCAGCACUUCCGCAAGACGGGCAAGCUGGUGUCUCUGAGCGAGCAGAACCUGGUGGACUGCUCCCGGCCCGAAGGCAACGAAGGCUGCAACGGAGGUCUUAUGGAUCAGGCCUUCCAGUACAUCAAGGACAAUGACGGCCUGGACUCUGAGGACGCCUAUCCCUACCUGGGAACCGAUGACCAGCCAUGUCACUACGACCCGACGUUCAACUCUGCCAAUGACACUGGUUUUGUGGACGUUCCCAGCGGCAAGGAGCACGCGCUCAUGAAGGCCCUGGCCUCCGUGGGGCCCGUCUCUGUCGCAAUCGACGCCGGACACGAGUCCUUCCAGUUCUACCAGUCAGGCAUCUACUUUGAGAAGGAGUGCAGCAGCGAGGAGCUCGACCACGGCGUGCUAGUGGUGGGCUACGGCUUCGAGGGGCAAGAUGUGGACGGCAGGAAGUACUGGAUCGUCAAGAACAGCUGGAGCGAGAAGUGGGGUGAUAAAGGCUACAUCUACAUGGCCAAAGACCGCAAGAACCACUGCGGGAUCGCCACCGCCGCCAGCUACCCGCUGGUCUGAUGACUGGAGCCGGAGUGCCAUCUAGUCAUUUUUUUUUCAAAUGACUAGCAAUCAUGUGGAAGCAAAGGAUUUUGAUUUUAGCCAACAAAUUAUCGUUUUUAGGGAAAGGACGCUGGUUUUAAUGCCAAUUUUUAUGAAAUAAAUUUUAGUUGUUGUC